AUGCUUGUCACGAGCUUGUAUGGCCAACUUCCAACUGCACUAGCUUCAUACCAGCUGCAUGGAGAUCAGCUUCAACAAAUACCCUCAUGGUUUGGAAGGUUGGAUAAAGUUUUACACUUGAAUCUUCGAAAUAACAAUUUGACAGGUGUAAUUCCUCCAUCAAUAGCCAACUUGUCCAAUUUAGAGAACUUGGAUUUGAAUCAUAAUCUCAUUCAUGGAAACAUCCCACAUGAGAUAAGUAAAUUUCUUAAUUUGAAGAAACUUCGUCAGGCUUCUAACCAACUUUCUGGUUCCAUUCCUGCUGUCAUUUAUAAUAUUUCCUCUUUGCAGAUGAUUUCUGUAGCAUCCAACAAUCUAUUUGGCAGUUUACCAAAACAUAUAUGUCGUCAUCUUCCCAAUCUUGAGGCACUUUAUUUGGAUGGAAAUGAGUUUUCAGGUCAAAUUCCAAGUAUAGGUGAAUGCAAGAAUCUUCAAGGGUUACAAUUAAGCACCAAUAGAUUCAAUGGCAGCAUUCCAAGGAAAAUCGGAAGUCUAACCAAACUCAGGACAAUAUUUUUGUAUGAUAUUAAUUUGGAAGGUAAGCUUUUCUCUUUGGAUAUUUUUCUUUGA